AUGGGAGAAGAAAAAAAACUCUUUGUGAUCAUAGGAAAUAAUCCGCCAUAUACUCUCAUAGAAAAACUGGAAUUACGCUUUCAACUAGCUGAUUUUCUUUUAGUAAUCGACAAUGCCCUCAACGAUGAUGUAUGGAAGCCCUUUAUAGACUACGCUUGGCGACUGGGAUACAUAAAGCUAUUGAUUCACUCCACUUACAGUGGUCUUUCCUACGACAAGCUGAUAUUUCCGAAGCUCAGAAUAAAAGAAACUACUGUCCAGGGCUAUGCUGGGUUUCAGGACAGCUUUGGCAAUAUCCAUGGCUACAAGGUUCGAGUGGCGGCCUAUAAUAAUGUGCCCCGAAGUCUUAUAUAUACAGAUUCGCAGGGCAAAAAGAUAUAUGCUGGUUACUAUAUGCGAUUUGCACAGGCUUUUUUGGCCUAUCGAAAUGCCACUUUUCAGCCUAUACACACGGCAAAUGAUUCUCCACAAAAUUGCACUCAUGCUUUGCUGAUUAACUCGGUGGAUAUUUGUGCAGAUGCCUUGGUGAGGAAUCCCGAAGUUUUCACCGUUUCCCAGGCUUUCAGGAUAGCUCCAGCCAGAGUUGUGGUGGCUCAUGCCAAGCCGCUAUUAUCCUUUCGUUACUUGACGGCUCCCUUCAAGACCAAAGUCUGGUUAUGCCUGGUGAUGUAUAUUGUUAUAAUAGCUGGAUUCCUUAAUCUGAUUCACUGGCUUAAAGCCAAGAAAUGUGACUUUAGUCAGACUCUACUGGAAGUCUUUAGUUCUCUGCUGUACAGUGGCUUUCACCUGAAAAACAUCUACGGCAGGGAGAGAUAUAUCCUCUUUGGCAUACUUUUUAUUUCAGGCUUUAUCUACUCCACCAUGUACUUGGGUUUGCUCAAGAGCAUGCUCAUCUCGGGGGUUUUUGAGAAGCAAAUUGAAAGCUUUGAGGAAUUGGUCGAAAGGAAUAUAUCCCUCAUGAUAGAUGCCUACGACCGGGCCUUGUUUAUGAAGCAUCACUUUCCUAAGGUCCUUUGGCCAGUGGUUAGGACAGUGCCCUCAGAGGUUCUCCUACAACAUCGCAAUAACUUUGACCAGGACUAUGCCUAUGUAUUAUUUCCGGAUCGCUUGGAUAUGUUCGAGUAUGUCCAGCAGUUCUUGAGGCAUCCCAAGUUUCGUCGCAUUCCCGUGGACUUUUGUUUUCUGUUUGCCGGUUUUCCCAUGAGCAAAAAGUGGUUCCUGAAACAGCAUUUGAGUAGAGCCUGGUAUCAUGGCUUCGAGAGUGGUCUGGUAAAUAAGAUGGCCGUGGAUGCCCACUGGGAGGUGGUGUCCCAGGGAUACCUAAACUUUUCCAUCACCGAGCACCAGGAAGCGAAGCCUCUUGGUUUGGAUUAUUUUGUAAUGCCAGCGAUUUCAUUGGGUUUGGGUUUUUCAUUGGCUUUAUUGAGUUUUGGUUUGGAAUUGGUGAUUGGUAAAGUGUGCAAAUAUCAAAGAUAG